CUAAAUCCGACAAGGCAAACAUCUGACGUAUACCGGAAGGGACCUAGCUUUUGCAGCACACGUGUGUUGUUCGCUGUUGCAAUGGCGGACCUACAGAUGAAGCUCCUUCGCAAGAAAAUUCAGAAAAGAAACGUGAAGAACAAGAACCGCAAUUUACCGAAGACAUUGAAACAAGAAGAUGAGGCUGGAAUUGAAAGUGGCCCUCUGGAUCACAGUCCUAUCCCCCGCGUGUUGGAUGGAGAGCCUCCCAAGAAACCGGCCAAGAGACCAGUGGAAAAGACGACCGUCGAAGAUGCUCCUGAGAAGAAACUAGGGAAGAAGAAAAAAAGAAAAUUAACAGAUACGAAUAAACCACCAACUAAUAAGAAAAGCAAAGCCGAGUUACAAGAGGAAGAGUCGGCAAACGAGGAUAGCGAUGAGUUAAACGAAAAUUCUACCGAAGAAGAAGACAAAGAUUCAAUGGAACAUGAUGAAGAGGAAGAUCAGCCUGAAUUGCCCUCUGGCUUAACAGGAGCCUUUGAGGACACUGCGUUUGCCUCUCUUGCUGGGCUGGUGAGUGAUAACACGCUCAACGGAGUGAAGGAGCUGGGCUUUGAACAUAUGACUGAAAUACAACACAAGAGUAUUCGUCCCCUGCUGGAAGGAAGAGAUGUUCUUGCUGCCGCCAAGACAGGCAGUGGUAAAACUUUGGCCUUCCUCAUCCCAUCUAUAGAACUUGUGUAUAAACUCAAGUUUAUGCCAAGGAAUGGCACAGGCGUAGUAAUCCUGUCUCCCACACGGGAGUUAGCAAUGCAGACUUACGGCGUACUGAAGGAGCUGAUGACUCACCAUGUGCACACCUAUGGCCUGAUCAUGGGUGGCAGCAAUCGCUCAGCUGAAGCUCAAAGACUGGCAAAUGGUGUCAACAUUUUGGUGGCCACACCUGGCCGCCUGCUGGACCACCUGCAGAAUACCCCAGGCUUUAUGUACAAGAACUUGCAGUGUUUGAUUAUUGAUGAGGCCGACAGAAUCUUAGAGGUGGGCUUUGAAGAGGAACUGAAGCAAAUCAUCAAACUGCUGCCGAAGAAGCGUCAGACCAUGCUGUUCUCAGCCACUCAGACCCGAAAAGUAGAGGACUUGGCUCGAGUCUCCCUGAAGAAGGAGCCCUUGUAUGUUGGGGUGGAUGACAACAAAGAGAAAGCCACCGUCGAUGGCCUCGAGCAGGGAUACGUGGUGUGUCCAUCUGAAAAGCGCUUCCUGCUGCUCUUCACCUUCCUGAAGAAGAACCGCACUAAGAAGCUGAUGGUCUUCUUCUCGUCCUGCAUGUCCGUCAAAUUCCACUAUGAGUUGCUCAACUACAUUGACCUACCUGUCUUGGCCAUCCACGGCAAGCAGAAGCAGACCAAACGCACCACCACCUUUUUUCAGUUCUGCAACGCUGACUCGGGAAUCCUGCUGUGCACAGAUGUCGCCGCGCGAGGACUCGACAUCCCUGAGGUGGACUGGAUUGUCCAGUAUGACCCCCCCGAUGAUCCCAAGGAGUACAUCCACAGGGUAGGCAGAACAGCCCGGGGCAUCAAUGGGAGAGGCCACGCACUUCUCAUUCUGCGACCUGAGGAACUUGGUUUCCUUCGCUUCCUGAAACAAGCCAAGGUUCCUCUGAGUGAAUUUGAAUUUUCCUGGAGUAAAAUCUCUGACAUCCAGUCCCAGAUGGAGAAGCUGAUCGAGAAGAACUACUACCUCCACAAGUCAGCCCAAGAGGCCUACAAGUCUUACGUGAGGGCAUACGACUCUCAUUCACUCAAGCAGAUCUACAGCGUGAACACCCUCAACCUCCCGAUGGUGGCCCAGUCAUUUGGCUUCAAAGUUCCCCCAUAUGUUGAUCUCAACACCCACAGCGGUAAAGGUCCAAAAAUGCAGAAGCACGGUCGAGGAGGCAGCUUCGGAUACCAGAAGUUCAAUAGUUCGCAUAAGUCCAAAAUUUUUAAGCACGUCAACAAGGGAAAAAGUGAUGGAAGGCAGUUCUCCCGCUAAUCCUUUCCACAUAAACAUCAGUUAUCUCUCCUGUCUGUUUACAGAAUUCACCUUUACUUUGAACAGGUGCAGCGUACUUUGUCAGAAUCAACAUUUUUCCUUAGCAGAGAUUACCUUGUUUUUCAGGUAAGAGUUCAUAAGCGUAUAAUAAGAGUACAUUUGUGGAAGUGUAUAAGAACCCCCGAGUUAAAAUUCAGACAAAUGCUCUCAAGUUGCUUGGAUUAAUCUGUCAUGUAGUUUUCUAUCCAUUCGGAAUUAAUUGAAGUAUACUUAUCCUAGCUGUUUCAUAAUCUGAUUUAUAUGAAAUAAAAUGAACCAUUAACACUGACUGCUCAGUCCCAGUACUUAAGCGAAGCUUUCACAGCAUUCUUUACAUGACAAGCCAUUAGCUGUUUCACAGAAACGUGUCAUUUUUAGCCUUUUGUGGUAGACCUUCAGGUUUUGAUUAUGACUUGCUUUCGAGUUUAUUGCAAAAUGUGAGUCGGUCUGAUAAUUACGAUGUAUCAUCAG